AUGGUUGCUUCUGCUGUCCGGAUGCGCGCUCCCAGCGCCAUGUUCCUCUCCAAAGGCGCUCUCUCCCUGAAGCGGCCGCAAACUGUUCACAGAUUCAAGGAUAUCGCUCAAUCUCAAUUGCCUUCCCUUUCCGCCCUCUCCCGUUUUUAUGCCUCCAAGUCCUUCCCUCCCCACACUGUCAUCAGCAUGCCGGCCUUGUCGCCGACCAUGUCCGCCGGAAACAUUGGAGCUUGGCAGAAGAAGGCCGGUGAUGCCCUGCAGCCCGGUGAUGUCCUGGUAGAGAUUGAGACCGAUAAGGCCCAGAUGGACUUUGAGUUCCAGGAAGAGGGUGUUCUGGCCAAGGUUCUCAAGGAGACUGGCGAGAAGGAUGUUUCUGUCGGCUCCCCUAUCGCUGUCUUGGUUGAGGAAGGUGUCGAUGUUGCUGCUUUCGAGGCUUUCACCCUGGCGGAUGCUGGUGGUGAGAAGGCUGCUCCUGCCGCUGAGGAGAGCAAGCAGGAGUCCAAGGCCGCUGAUGCUGCCCCUGCUUCUGAGCCUGCCCCUGCUGCCGUUGAGCCUGAGACUUCGGGCGAGAAACUCCAGCCCAGUCUGGACCGUGAGCCUUCCAUCAGCCCUGCUGCCAAGGCCCUGGCUCUGGAGAAGGGUGUGCCCAUCAAGGCUCUCAAGGGUACCGGACGUGGCGGUCAAAUCACCAAGGAGGACGUUGAGAAGUACAAGCCCAGUGCUUCUGCCGGUCCUACCUACGAGGACGUUCCCUUGACCUCCAUGCGCAAGACCAUUGCUAGCCGCCUCCAGCAGUCCGUGCGCGAGAACCCUCACUUCUACGUCUCCACGACCCUGUCUGUGAGCAAGCUCCUCAAGCUUCGCCAGGCCCUCAAUGCUUCCUCCGAGGGCAAGUACAAGCUUUCCGUCAACGACUUCCUCGUCAAGGCCUGCGCCGCCGCCCUCAUGAAGGUCCCCACCGUCAACUCCAGCUGGCAUGAGGAGAACGGCCAGACCGUCAUCCGUCAGCACAAGACCGUCGACGUCAGUGUUGCCGUCUCUACCCCCAACGGUCUCAUCACCCCCAUCGUCAAGAGCGUUGAGGGCCGUGGUCUGUCCAGCAUCUCCAACCAGAUCAAGGACUUGGGCAAGCGCGCCCGCGACAACAAGCUCAAGCCCGAGGAGUACCAGGGUGGCACUUUCACCAUCAGCAACAUGGGUAUGAACCCUGCUGUUGAGCGCUUCGCCGCCGUCAUCAACCCCCCUCAGGCCGGUAUCCUGGCCGUUGGUACCAUCCGCAAGGUUGCCGUUCCCGUCGAGACUGAGGAGGGCACCUCCGUUGAGUGGGAUGACCAGAUCAUCGUCACUGGCAGCUUCGACCACCGUGUCGUCGAUGGUGUUGUCGGUGCCGAGUGGAUCAAGGAGCUGAAGAAGGUUGUUGAGAACCCCCUCGAGCUUCUUUUCCUAGAUAUUCUCAAUGCAUUUCCUAUGUUCCGUACUUUCAUGAUGAUCACUUGUUCCUCUCAAGUCACACGAAUCACUUAUUCAUCAUGUCUUACGCAGAAGCCGCUGCCAAAGGUCCCAAGCAAUCUGCAGAGGAGCCGGGCCCCCAGCGUUGGCGGAGUGUACCGCGAUGAAGCUGAGAGCACCGCUUCCCUGGUCGACGUCGAUUCGCCACAUGUCCAAGCCGUGGAUCCCGAUUUCCUGAAGCAGAACGUGCAAACCACCACCCAGGCUGAGCGGAUAGAGCGAGAAGAAGAGGAGCGGGAAGCCUACGAAGAACGGAAGGCGAAGAGCAAGGCUAAGGCUAAAGCCAAGGCGAAGGCUAGUUCGGUCCGCAGCAACGCGCACAACCCUGUCUACCUCGGAAAUGCUGUGCUUCUGGCCUUGACUGGCGCUGGUCUGGGGUAUGGAGCAUACCGGAAGCAUGCUGCUGGGCAGCUUUCGUGGGAGUUGAUUGGAUGGUGCUCUGGCGCCGUUGGUGCCUUUGGUGCUGUGGACUACUUUGUUAGCAAAUGGCUUUUGCAGAACAAGUACCCUCCGAAAUAA